AUGAACAAGGCUACAGCAACUGUUACAGUUAUUGCAGUUGUCGGCACUGCUCUGGCCGCUCUAUACUUUUCACGUCGAAGAAAGAAUCAGAUUCCAAGCGACAUAAUCUACCCAUUUGUUGGAAACUUGCCGCAACUCUCAAAAUAUACUGAGAAGAAUUCAUUUCACGAAUACAUGCUCUCUCUCGCAAAGUAUGGAAAGAUUGCAAGAUUCGUUGUGGGGUCUUCGGAGAGAAUCUUGCUGAAUGAUGCAGCCGAGUCUGCACGCAUCUUACUAUCUCCGGAAUGGGACAAGAUUGACCAAGGACUUGCAACUGAUGGUAUAUUCAACAACAGUCUCAUUGGAUUGCAUGGAGAUGUACACAAGCGUCAUCGAAAAGCUCUUCAACCUGCAUUUGGGCCAGCUCAUCUCAGGAAUGCCUUCUUGCAAUCAUCGAAAUCAACUACACAACUCAUUGAACAAUGGAAGUCUCACAAGGGAGAUUUUGUUGUCGAGCUGUUGGCAUCAAUGAACGCCAUCACAAUGGAUGUAAUCGGACGUGUAGCGCUCGGCCAAGAUCUAGGAAUGGUGGCAUCUUUAUCUCAACCUUCUGAAAAUGGACUGGUCAUCAAAGCUGAAAUGGAAAACUUGAAAAUCAUGCAGAUGAAGAGACGCACAGCACCUCACUUUCUCUGGCCUUUCCUCCAUCUUACGGGAGCUGAUGCUAGACAUGAAACUCAAGGAGUCCGUAACUUCUUAGCUUCAAUAAUUCAAAAGAAGAGGGCUGCAUUGGACUUAUCUGGGAAAAUUGAUUUGAGCGUCUUGUCAAACAGCGAAAAGUUUGAAACUACCACCAACUGGGAUGUAAUUGAUCGUCUUAUUGCUGGAAAUGCUGGAGCAAAAGGUGUCGAUGUGGUCUUUACCCCUGAACAGAUUAGCGACGAAGUUUUCGUUUUCUUUCUCGCAGGAAGUGAUACCACUGCUAUGACAUUGACGACACUCUUUGCUCUUCUUGCAAGUCAUCCUCAUGUACUUAAGAAAUUACAGCAUGACAUUGACUCUGUUCUUGGACGGGACGGUGUUCUCACCCAAGAAAUCUUGCAACAACUCACAUACUUGGACUGCACCAUGAAGGAAGUCAUGAGGUUCUUCCCAGUCGCAAUCCAAACUCAAUUUCGAACACCCUUGGUACCUACUACUGUCUGUGGAUAUACCAUCAACCCUGGUCAGCCUAUCGCCGUAAACACUAGUGCCAUUCAACGAAACCCAGAAUAUUGGCAAGAUCCAGAUAAAUUCUGGCCUGAACGUUGGGAAAACGGCUUCACUCCAGUGUCCGGUAGUUACGUACCAUUUGGAAACGGAAUUGCAAAUUGUAUUGGUCAACGUAUGGCAAAUAUUGAAAGUCGUACUGUUGCUGCCUUGCUCUUGCAAAGCUUCGAUGUUGAACUGGUUGAAGGGCAGGAAGUCUUUAGAACCACUCAUCUCUUGACUGGAUACAAUGAUGGUCUCUUGUUUCGAUUCAAGUCUCGUAUUGAAAACUGA